GUUGUCGUGUGGUCAAUGACGUCAUGACGGCUGCGGUCUCUAAUGGCUGGACAACAACAACUGUCGGCGAGUGACAAACUUUCACAAACUUCUACUCGGACCAAAGAAAGUUGGAAAUAGCGAAGUAUUUCGGUUGUAUAACAGUUUAUUCACGUGUGUCAGUUUUUCCUCGUGAUUACAAAUGCGGAAUUACUGAUGGAUUCGAGGUAUGACAUACCGCGGAGGGCCGCCGGUGGCGGCGGGGGCUCCGCGAAUUCGUCGCCCGCUCUGGGGGCUCAGUCGCGCCGCAGGAAGAUGCCUCCCAGACCCGCUGAUUUCAAACUCCAAAUUAUCAUUAUUGGCUCCCGUGGUGUCGGUAAAACCAGCAUCAUGGAGAGAUUUACCGAUGACACUUUCUGUGAAGCGUGCAAGUCGACUGUAGGAGUUGACUUCAAAAUCAAGACAGUGGAGCUGAGAGGGAAGAAGAUCAGACUACAGAUAUGGGACACUGCUGGCCAGGAGAGGUUCAACAGCAUCACAUCAGCCUACUACAGAGGCGCCAAGGGAAUAGUGCUAGUGUAUGACAUCACAAAGCAAGAGACCUUUGACGACCUGCCCAAAUGGAUGAAAAUGAUUGACAAGUACGCCUCCGAGGAAGCUGAGCUUCUCCUGGUCGGGAACAAGCUGGACUGUGAGACUGAUCGUAUCAUCUCCAGACAGCAGGGAGAGCGGUUUUGCUCUCGAAUAAGUGGAAUGCGCUUCUGCGAAGCUAGUGCCAAGGAUAAUUUCAAUGUCGACGAGAUUUUCCUGAAGCUUGUGGAUGACAUCCUUAGCAAGAUGCCUCUGGAAGUUCCCAACAAUGAGCUUUGCAACAGCGUCCUGUCUCUGCAGCCUGAACCGGAAGUGCCUCCGGAGUUGCCACCUCCACGCAUGCGCUGUUGCUGAGAGUGGUGGUCUCCCAUCACACGCACGCACGCACACACACACGCACAUAGCACACACAUGCAGUACCAACCUGGCCACCAGGGGCAGCAAACAGCAGCAGUUUGGAGUUACUAACUGUUGAUUUACGCUGCAUGGACUCUCAGCAACCAGUAUUAUCCUCCCCUGUUUCUUCUGCUCCUGUUUCAUAACUGUUCACUAUGACAUGAACGACUCUAACGCUUAGGCCUGAUGAAUCACCUACUUCCUACCACCCCUUUUCUCUACCCUUGAGCCAGACUACCUCAUUCCUCAGACCAUUAGGCUAGCUGUGCCCCGCAGGUGCCUUCGAGGUAGAAAGCCCUCUGGUUGCAGUUGCACAUUGUACACGGAGGCUGAUUGUUGAGGGCCUUCCAGCUUCCCGAUGAAUACUCAUCAAAUAUACUGUACUCUAAGUUUGACAUUGUUUGAGUUGCCCACGAUGGUCUGGUAUUUCUGCAUCAGAUCUAGCUUAAAGAAAAUGGAUAACAAUAGCGUCUGUCUCUUGAGCUUAGUUUAAAUUCUGGAUCUCGGUACAGUAGUUUUAUGUUCUUAUUAAUUAAUAGGUGUUAUUACCAAGUGACGAGUUGACUUGAGGUAAACAAAAGCACAUGAUGUAAAUAUGGUGUGUUGCUGUAAAGACUGGAAAAGGUGCAGAUGUUUGCAGCCAGCAUUCGGUGGUUGUGUGGUGGUGGAUCAUAUGAGUUUGUAUUCCUUUGCCUUAAAGUGUUAAAGUGGCUGGAACAGCUCAUUUCACAUUUGUAUAAAUUUGUAUGUUUUGCAUUACAAUCCAUCUCGCCUAUUUAAGCUGACAUGCAGAAAAUAGAAAGUACACUACUUGUAAUUUAGUAAAGAUCAAUAUUGCCUUGCUAGUGGCCGUUCUGAUCUCCCUGUUUAAGUGGGAUGGAGAUGCAAGGAGAGAUGGGUAAUGUAGUCUUUGAGGGAUUGCUGUUUUUACAUGGGAAUUCUCCAUGUGUGUUACUGGCUUUUUAGAGGAAGUAGAGACAUUAAUGAGCUACUGGACACAUGUUUUAGCCUUUGUUUUGGGUUUGUUACUAAUAUUGCAAAGUAUUUAGUUUUUCCUCUGAUUUCGGAUGCAGAAUAAUGUUUGUUUGAGUCUCCCUUUUGGCAGGGAAACGUGCCGAAAGGUUUGGUUAGUAUUUGAAAAACUCGGGAUGCUUUGAUCGGCUCAUAUCUGCUCAUUUUGACAGGCUUUUAUUGCAGACUUCACUUGAGUUUCAUAACAAUUUUUUUUUUUUAAACUAGGCUAUGCAUGUUAAGCCCUCCUGUGUUCAUAAAUAAUUAAAUUUAUACAUUUAAUUGUUUUGUUGAAUUAAUGCAAUAUUGUGUGCGUUCUUCUGUUUUUACAAGUAAAAGUCUGAGGAAGGACGAGUCGAUUUAAAGGACCUGAUUUAAUUAAUUCAUGUUAAAGUUAAUGUUCUGUGGACUUAAGCUUGCACAAGAUGUAUUAUUGAAUAGUUCCAUACCAAAACAAAAAAAUGGUGAGACCUUUUGCUAACAAAACUGUCAAUGACAUCCAAGCACAUCUUGCAAUACGAUUACCAGCCAACAAACAACCAUACAAAUGAUCUGCAACAAUUUAUGUUGUGUUUUGAACAAACUUCUUUGACAUUGUUUUGUGGGUGAAACCUUCAUUUGUCGCACUAACCCUUCGGUCUUUGUUUUAAUAGCCACGCCUUAUACUACUCACUGUUUUAAUUACACAUUUUAAGAAAUGCUUUUAUUUGAGAAAUGUGUGUCCUUUCAGAUGGAAGACUGUGCUUUGUAUUAAACCUGUUUUAA